ACCACAGUUUACCACCGCACCUAACGAGCGCGCGCAGAUACCUCAGUCGCCUCAGCCACCGAGAAUCUCCCGACAAAACCGCCAAAAUGGUCAAGACCUCCGUUCUUAACGACGCUCUGAAUGCGAUCAACAACGCCGAGAAGGCUGGCAAGCGCCAGGUCCUGAUCCGCCCGUCCUCCAAGGUCAUCGUCAAGUUCCUCACUGUCAUGCAGCGUCACGGCUACAUUGGCGAGUUCGAGGAGGUCGACGACCACCGCAACGGCAAGAUCGUCAUCCAGCUCAACGGCCGUGUCAACAAGACCGGUGUCAUCUCGCCCCGUUACAACGUUCAGCUCCGCGACAUGGAGAAGUGGGUUGUCAAGCUACUUCCCUCGCGUCAAUUCGGUUUCAUCGUUCUGACCACCUCCGCUGGUAUCAUGGACCACGAGGAGGCCCGCAGAAAGCACGUCGCCGGAAAGGUUCUGGGUUUCUUCUACUAGGUUGUUCGAUUUAGGUGGAAUGGGAUGCAAUAUACCCCGGACUUAGUUAAGCAGGCGCAUCCGUUUGGCUAGGUAGUCCAUCAUGGCAACAUUAGACGAAGAAAUGACAAAAAGUUGAUGACUGUAGAGAUACGCUGGAACAAGAUUUUAUUCACAC